AUGGCCGCCGAUAUUAAGCAACCCGAUAAAAACGAUGAAUUAGCAACAGCAAUUUUACGCACUAAGGACAAGCCAAACCGGCUAAUUGUUGAAGAUGCGGUUAAUGACGAUAAUUCUGUUGUUUCCUUAACACAAGCAAAGAUGGAUGAAUUGCAACUCUUUCGUGGUGAUACAGUCUUAUUAAAGGGUAAAAAACGCCGUGAAACGGUCUGUAUUGUAUUGUCGGAUGAUUCAAUCCCAAAUUCAAAGAUUAGACUUAAUCGUGUCGUGCGACAAAAUCUUCGAAUCCGUAUUGGAGAUAUAAUUAGUAUUCAUCCAUGCCCUGAGGUCAGAUAUGGCAAAAGAAUCCAUGUACUUCCCAUCGACGAUACCGUUGUUGGAAUAACUGGGAAUUUAUUCGAUGUCUUCCUAAAACCCUAUUUCUUGGAAGCAUAUAGACCCGUCAGAAGAGGUGAUAUUUUCUUGGUUCGUGGCAGUAUGAAAUCUGUUGAAUUUAAGGUUAUCGAAACCGAUCCAUCACCUUAUUGUAUCGUAGCACCUGAUACUGUGAUUCAUUGUGAGGGUGAACCCAUUAAGCGAGAGGACGAAGAAGAAUCAUUAAACGAGAUAGGAUAUGACGAUAUUGGUGGCUGUAGAAAGCAAUUAGCACAGAUCAAAGAGAUGGUGGAAUUACCACUACGCCAUCCACAGCUAUUCAAAACUAUCGGCGUUAAGCCUCCACGAGGAAUUUUAUUGUAUGGCCCUCCUGGAACUGGAAAAACCCUUAUAGCUAGGGCGGUAGCUAAUGAAACUGGUGCAUUUUUCUUCCUAAUAAAUGGCCCCGAAAUUAUGAGUAAACUUGCUGGUGAAUCGGAAAGUAAUUUACGGAAAGCUUUCGAAGAAGCCGAAAAAAAUGCUCCAGCUAUAAUAUUCAUUGACGAACUAGAUGCUAUUGCUCCUAAGAGAGAAAAGACGCAUGGUGAAGUAGAAAGGAGAAUCGUGUCACAACUUCUUACGUUAAUGGACGGUCUUAAGCAACGUUCUCAUGUCGUUGUCAUGGCUGCUACUAAUCGCCCAAAUAGCAUUGAUGGGGCUCUUAGAAGAUUUGGGCGCUUCGAUCGAGAAGUUGACAUCGGUAUACCCGAUGCAACUGGUAGAUUAGAGAUAUUACGCAUCCACACGAAAAAUAUGAAACUCGCAGAUGAUGUGGACUUAGAACAGAUCGGAAACGAAACGCAUGGUCAUGUUGGUGCUGAUUUAGCUUCUUUAUGUGCUGAGGCUGCUUUACAACAGAUAAGAGAAAAAAUGGAUCUGAUCGAUCUUGAAGACGAAACCAUCGACGCAGAAGUAAUGGAUUCUCUUGCCGUAACGAUGGAAAAUUUUAGGUUUGCUUUAGGUAAUUCCAACCCAUCUGCUCUUCGAGAAACAGUAGUUGAGGUACCUAAUGUUAGCUGGGAUGAUAUUGGUGGAUUAGAGAAAGUAAAAAGAGAUUUGCAAGAAAUGAUUCAGUACCCAGUUGAAUACCCUGACAAAUAUCUAAAAUUUGGAAUGACUCCAUCAAAAGAAUGCCUUACUAUAUUUGCGUUCUCCAAUUGUUGGAAAACUCUAGGUGUUUUGUUUUAUGGUCCACCUGGCUGUGGUAAGACACUUCUUGCUAAAGCAAUUGCAAACGAAUGUCAAGCUAAUUUCAUUUCCAUUAAGGGUCCAGAGCUGUUGACAAUGUGGUUCGGUGAAUCCGAAGCAAACGUUCGUGAUGUUUUUGACAAGGCCAGAGCUGCUGCUCCUUGUGUCUUGUUCUUUGAUGAACUUGAUUCAAUUGCCAAAUCUCGCGGUGGAAGUGCCGGCGAUGGAGGCGGUGCAGCUGAUCGUGUCAUUAAUCAAGUUUUGACUGAGAUGGACGGCAUGAGUACGAAGAAAAAUGUCUUUAUCAUUGGCGCUACCAAUAGACCCGAUAUCAUAGAUGCUGCAAUAUUACGACCUGGUAGACUCGAUCAGUUAAUCUAUAUUCCCCUACCUGAUGCCGAAUCGCGUAUAUCUAUCCUCAAAGCGAACCUUCGCAAGUCUCCUGUUGCUACGGAUGUAGAUUUGAGCUACAUUGCCAAAGUUACGAAUGGCUUUAGUGGUGCAGAUUUGACCGAAAUUUGCCAAAGAGCUUGCAAAUUUGCAAUUCGUGAAUCAAUUGAGAAAGAAAUUCAAAAAGAAAAACUUAGAAAAGAAAAUCCAGAUAUUGGAAUGGACGUAGAUGACGAAGACCCUGUUCCUGAAAUUCGUCGUGAUCACUUCGAGGAGUCAAUGCGAUAUGCUCGUCGAUCUGUUACAGAUGCCGAUAUAAGAAAGUAUGAAAUGUUCUCACAGACAUUGCAGCAGAGUCGUGGAUUUGGAACAUCAUUCAGACUUCCUACUGCAGCUCCGGAUGCCGCAGGUGGUGAUAGCACUAACCAGGGCCAGCCUCAAGGUGGCGCUGAUGAUAGAAAUCUUUACGACGAAGGUGACGACGAUUUGUACAAUGAGCAGUGUUCAGCAAUCGAUUUAACUCGUUAUUUGCAAUUUCAUUACCUAAUGUUAUUAGUAUCUUACUACUUUCUAACAAAACCGUGGUACGUUUGUACUAUUUUUGACAGUCUCGUUGUUUUGACAUAG